AUGGAUCUAGAUGAUGCCCCGUGCGCGGUCUCCGCUCCAAUAGGGAAGAAGCGUAUUCCGGUGAAAUGUGAUGGGAAGCGGCCGUGUACAAGAUGUAAGCGAUCAAGAAAGCGAUGUGUGUUUUUCGAAAUCCCCAAAGACCCGGCUGUUGAGCGACUAGAAAACGUCGAAGCAGAGGUACAGCGUCUUCGGGGACAAUUGGGGGAAAUGCAUGAGCUGUUGCGUCUUUAUUCGCAGUCCGGUGAUAAUGCAGCGAUUGCCAUUCCGUCUCCGACUCAAGUCAUGUCUGAUCCGGGGACCAUGCCUGCGGUUCUUGCUGAGGGGUCGGGUGGGUUUCAUCGAGGGGUGAGGUAUGGUUUGAAUCAUCGAAAUGGUGAGGUUCUUCGGUUCCAGGCUGCUCGUCCAGCUAGACAGAGACGCUCGGGGUUCGAUAUCAGGGAAGAGCCGAUAUCGGAUUUUAUUAGCAGGGGGUUGAUGACGGUUGAUGAGGCCAUGUCUUGUUUUAGGACGUAUGUGUAUAUGAUCGAUGAUAGGUAUAUCCCGGUUUUCGAUCCAGCGCUGGACACGUUUACCUCCGUGCGUGCGCGCAGUAGCAUUCUGCUUAAUGCUAUAUGCACGAUUGGUAGUCGUGUUGAGACAAGCUCUGGAUCACGGAACCCUGAUUUAUUGCAUGCUGAGCUCAAAAGAUCCAUCAGUGUCGUUAUUCAGAACAAAUCGCUCAAUUGUCUAGAAUCCGUGCAGGCGCUGCUCAUCGUAGCCUGUUAUUCUGCCGAGAGGUCCCUGAUUCUGUCAUUUGCAGCCCGAAUGGCAUUGGAUCUGGGCCUGGAUGAGGCAUUUGAGGAACUGAUACAGAGACUAACGAUGAAAGAGACGGAGGUUAUCUCUGACAGGUCCGCUACAUUAGACGAGGAAGAGCGUACCUUGAUGCGCAAGUCUAGGACCUGGUUUGGCCUCCUGGUGCUCGAUCAUAUAUUUCACGUCGAUGGGGGCAAGCCCCCUGGAAUCCGGAUGACGGGGAAUGCACAUCGAUCUCGUAUAUUGCUUCGUCAUGGCACAUCCACGGUUUUGGAUUUGCGUCUCUUCUCUCAGGUGGAGUUGAAUGUCAUACGUGCCAAGAUCAACGACACCCUAGAUGCCAAAGAAACUCUCGAAAGACCCGAUGUCCCCGAGUUUGUGCACGAGGCCAAGGUGGACCUGGACCUCUGGUUCGAUGACUGGCUACGCAUCAUCGAAAACUCCUCUUCAGCCGAACAAGAACGUCCUUUCCUCCUGGCGGCCCUGCGAGUCCAAAAAUGCUGGGCCGAGUUAAUCCUCCACUGCCAAGCGCUCCGCUCAAUGGGCGUCGAAAACGUCGCAGCCAUGUCCCCCAUCGAACGCACCCUCCUCUUAACCGCCAAAUCCAGCGCCCGAAAACACCUCCGCCUCAUCAGCCUCGAACCCGACUUCUACCUGGCCAAACUGAAAUACGCCAUGGAUUUCGUCUGGGCCAAAUGCGCCUUUUGCUUCCUACUGCUCCUCAAACUCUCCCGCCUCCUCCCCGAACGCAAAGAAGAACACCAGGAACUGCUCGACCACGGCAAUCGUCUCCUCGACGAAUUAACCCGCUCUACGACCCCAACUUCAACCCCACCCCAACCACUAAUUCCCCCCGGCCCAAGCACAGGGAUAGGUUCAGGCGCAGGCGCAGGAACAAUCUACAUGCAAAUCCUCCGUCUCAGUAUUGAAAAAUACAGCCGAAUCUUACAAAGACAUCAAGUCCCAUCUGCAGUCCCGGGCAUAUCCUCAGAAGAAGCAGAAUCAGAAGCAGAAGUAACGACAACAACAGCACCCCCAACACCUUUCUGGGAACUCUUCGAUGCGCAAACCGAUCUGCAGAGUUUCAUCCCUGAGCAAUUCGUCCGGGAAUGGGAUUUCCCGGGAUUGGAUUUGUUUUAUUUCCCGACGGCGUGGCAGGAUUUUUUUGGGGAUUUUAGUUCUGUCGUGGUUUGA